AUGUCAACAGAGCCACCACGUACUCCAGACCGCUCGGUGUUAGGAGAUUCCUGGGUUGUCGCAUCGACAACGUCGAUCAAGGAUCACAUCUGCAGCUCGACACCCAGCAAUGAUCCUGCAAGUCCUACGCCAGUGCCCAGGAGACAAAAGCAAGACGAUACCGUCAAGCCGGCAAACAACAUCGCGAACCCAAAGCCGAACCGGGACCAAAGCCAAAACCGGGAUCAGACAAAGCUAUCAGAGUCGCUGACUUCGUCUACCUCAUCAUGGAGUAUGUCAGGCCCGGAGCUCGUCAUGCCAUCCAUCUACGAGGUACCCAUAUCAGAGGCAUCAUGGGUUGCGCCGCAUAUGCGAUCCGCAGAACCAAGGUCCUCGCACAUGAGGAAGCGCCGCAAGAUCACACCGAGUGGACAGCAGAAACAGCGGUCCAACUCCGCACCUGAAGCAUCAGACGCAGGCUCGUCAACUUCAGGCCAUAUAACCAGGAAACCAAGUGCGUUCGCAAAGCUCUCAUCCCUAUGCCACGAGCAACGCACGCUACUCCGCACAGCGAUCAACGCCCUCCUCAUCGCCCUAAUCAUGCACCUCCUCAUCCUCCCCGAACUCGUCUACCAAGCUCAAGACCUCUGCACCCUCCCAACAAUCCAAUCUAUCUACCCAGCCAGCUGCAUCCCUCUUCAUCCGCGAGCCCUCCCCUCCAACCCCUUCCACUCUACCAGCAUCCCCAUCUCCCCAGAGGAAACCAUCAUCGCCGCGCAAACUACCCUCCAGGAUAUCUUCACCACCACCCUAUCAACCCUCACCCCACUCGCAUAUACUCUGAAAGGCAGCGAAUCCACCCUCUCCACCCUCCAAACAAACCUGCACACCAGUCUCCCCGACGCCCGCAACGCGCUAGCCCUCGAAUUCCAAGGCAGUGACGCCGCCCUGCGCGCUGCAGCGUGGGAAUUCGACUCGCUGCGCGCCGACCUGCGCUCUGCCGUCGACAGCCUCCUCGCGUCCCCGCUAGCCUUGGAGUCCGGGGGCUCAGCCUCGAUCGCGCGGGAUACCAGACUCGCAGCCCAACUGCGCCGCCGCGCAGAGUAUCUCGAUCGCCUGCGGGCGCAGUUGCGGAAUAAAGCCGAGUCGCUGGGCGGCCGGUUCGCCACGCUAGACGACCAUCUCGAAGCCAUCGACGUGAUCGUAUCCCGGGAAGCGCGACGGGCGGCGCGUGCACACGGUGAUGGCAGCCAUGUAGAUGCAGCCGGUCAACGCGGCGAGGGUCUGCUGCUUUCUCUAUCCAGCUAUGCCGGGUUCAGCGCGCGGCUGUUCGGUGCCGGGUUGGGCGCGCACCCGAGCUUGGACUCGGAUUCGCGCGAUCCAUCAACGGAACACUCGGCUGCGGCUUUGUCUGGCGCGGACUCGCGGCAGCCUGCGAGCGCCCUUGCAUUACUGCGGCUUGCAGCGACACAGCAUCGUGCCGUGGCAGACGAGGUUGCUCGGCUGGCGAGGGCUCUGCGGGAUGAACAGCGCGCUCGAUUGGAUCCCACUUGGUGA